AUAUUUGUUGAGUAUUUAACUUUUUUCCAGUCAUUUACAGGAGAUUUAAAUUAAUUGACAAAAAUGAAGUUGAUAGUAACGCUCAUGGCGCUCUUCGCUGUGAUGGCGACAACGACUUGUGCCUACGACCUUCUCGCCGGAUACGGAGUUAAAAAAAUACUGGAGUCGUGCAUCGGCAGUGACGUAGUGAUGAAAUAUUACGAGCGUGAAUACGCGGCCAAAGCUCGAUGCAUGAACACCCCCAUGACGUCACCCAAAUCUACCAUAAAUCUACGGCAACCCGCUGCCAGAUUCCCCGGUUUGGUGGGUUCAGCCCUUGGUGGGGGGAGUAAAAAUCCUGAUCCCGCUUCCCCACUUACCCCUCAGAGAGCUGAUUCUCCCCUCACCCUUAGAGGCUUCGAUUGGGGAAAUUUCUUCCAACAAGCUGGGGUGUCGGCGGGUGUGAGGACCCAAUUCAUCCCCAUCCCUGUGUACGUCCCCUCGGGGCAUAGCAUCAGAAGCGUGAAUGCGGAAGGCGAGCUUCAGUUCUCGAAGCUGGACCAAGAAAUCAGAGCGUUGAACCUGGACUCAGCCCUCAAGGAAGAUUUACUUGAGUCUCUGCAAGAAUGCCAACAAGUUGCGACAUGCAUCCCGACUUCAUCAGUGCGUGCCCCUCUAACUCCAUCCUUCAUUCGGGCGAAGAGUUUCGAGAAAUGCUUCCUGCGCAUGAAAUUGUACGCCUGCCUCAAAAAAGACCUCAGGACCAAGAGGGAUAAAUUUGACCUGGCAGGCUUAGGUGAUUCUCUCCAAGGAGCCGACGACGAUGAAAAAAUGCUCGCCAUUCUUUGGGCUUCUGCUGCUCUUGAGCCAAGCGACAUGUUCUGA